AUGACCUUUGGCUGGUGGAAUUCUUCUUCCAUAGACAUUCCCCAAGCCACUUACAAGUCAACCUUGAAUGCAAGAGCGGCCAUGGGAGGAGACUCUGGCGCGUCGACCGUCUACUGUAGAGGAUGGGCACUGGCAUUGCGGUGGUGGAGCAUCAGGUCUUCUCCAGCGCACACGCACGGACUGUUGCGAGCUGUCAAUUUCAAACCGGACGUCGCACAAAAUUUCUUCAGCGGACGUCGCACAAAAUGUCUUCAGCCCCGGGAUGAGUUUCUGGACAUUGACGACGAUAAGAUGCAGCACCAUUGUUCGAUACCAUCGCCCUCGCUCCGGACCAUCGACCUGAUCGCAACAGCCUCCUGA